UGCUAUUAUAUUACGCCACUGGCUAACAUACGUUGUACGUAUACGUACGUAUACACACACAUCUCUGUAUGGAAUGAAUACGCAUUGUUGAGAAUUUGGAUGAGAGACGGUGAAAACAGCCCAUGAUAUUUGCGGUUAAACAGAACGAUUUGGCUCUGAAAUUCAGAGUUUGGACUAUCUUUGUGAUCUGAUAUACAGGGUCUACAACAUGAAUGAAAGGCCCGAACGAGGAGAUGAAUCUGGAAGCGAAAUAUGGACUUCUUCCUCAAGUUGGGAGGCGCAAUGUCUGGAGGAAUUGGACCGGGAAUUAGAACCAAAUUUGGACGAACGUCUCCCGCAAGAGAAACAGUUUGCUUCAGAAAAACUUUGGUAUUCCUUUCAGAAUUGUGCUAGUGCUGUAACCACAUUAUAUAAAGAACGUCUUAACCAAAGCAAUAUCCAUAUACCUCUUUGGCUAGUUUUCCAAAAUGCUGCUGGAUCAGUCACACAGUUAUAUAAAGAAAGCACAGAUGCACAAAAAGGUAGCUUAGAUCUAGGUAUUAGCAUUGGGCACCAGCGCCGCACCCGAGACAUUGUGGCCUGGGUCAAGAAGCGCAGAAGACACAUACGGCGCGAGGAUCUCCUGGCGUUCCUCUGCGGGAAGGCACCACCUGGCAGGAUCAGGCCGUCCCACGGAGUACCACGCAGCCCCUCAGACAGGUCGUCUCCCCGCACCCACUCACCGCCUCGUGAGGCCCAGAGGACAGGGUUAGGGGAGCCUGUGGAUGACCUUCAGCCUUUUAGAGAUGCCCUUGCUCUGCAUGGACUGAAUGGGGCAAUGGCCAACAUUGGGGUUUCCCAGUCGCCCUCUUCACAUCACUCAUCGUCACGGCGACGCCACUUGUCGAACCACGAUCUCUUCCCAGAGGACCUGGUAAGCCAUCCCGACUCUCGAAAACGCUCCAGCACCAACAUCGCCCCCACGGUGGAAGGAUCACCUUCGCACAAACGUUCACGUCUACUAUAAAAAAAAUAUUAAAAAAAUCACCUAUACAUCGUGUGCCACUAUUCUUGAAUUUGUAACAUAUAGCGAAAAACAAAUGUGUGUGUACUACCUAUGACAGCGUUCACAGACAGACAUGGACUAUUACUGUUGCCUUCCUAAAAAUAUUUGAAAAAUAAUGAAAAAUAGUGUGCAUGCACAUGAGCAUUUGGGCAUUUUUAUUUUGUUUGUUUAUUAAUCAUUUAAAAAACGAUGCUGCACAUGUUUUUGUCAUUAACCCCUUCUUUGUGUGGUUUUUUGUUGUUGCUACAGUAGUUCCACUUCUGUAUGUUCUACCAUAAAGUCAUUAAAAAAAAAGCACAAGAAGAAAAACUGCAUCUCUUUAGAUAAAUAUUCCCUGUUUAUGAAAUUAUAUUUGGUCACCAUAUAGUAAAAGCAUGCUGUACACAUGUAGAGUCAUAUACAUGUAUGGUAUACCAAAUUUUAUGUUGUUUGUUCUGUUGUCAACCCAAUAAUUCUCAUUGGAACAUUUCUUGAAUUGAUUUUAUAAUUAUUUCAUUUAUGUUUUAUAUUGUUUUUUAUUGUGUUAUGAAAAACUUGCAUUUUCACAUAGCUUCAUUUUUUUUGUUGGCAUUAUGAUCUAUGUUGGUGUAUUUAUAAUGACAAUGUGUUUUAUUAAUUUCCUGCCCAUAUGAAACGUAUUAAGAAAAUAGAUAGUGUGUAUAUAUAUAUAUAUGUCCACUCAAGCCAAUUUGUAAAAAAAAUACUUUAUAUGCCUGACUUGUAAAUAGAUUUGUUCGUAUAUGAAAUUUGUUCUACUUGUGAAGUUAUAUUUCAUGUGAAUUGACUUUUGACCAUUCAAGAGGUACGGUUCCUUUGCUUUGUAAUGCGCUAAGUACUGCAUAUAGAAAUGCAAACGUGUAUGUUUAGACGAGUGUAUACCAUGUUGGUAUGAUGGUACGACAUACGCUCCAGGGACUCUUGCUACGACAUCAACACUAGUCCAAUGCCUAAUGUCCGUCAUGGGUCUACUGCUAUAUGUAUACCUCACUGCGUUCAGACUGUGGAAUUCAUUGUAUAGCUACAUAGACAUGUACACUAUAACUGUACCUAGUGUGAAUGAUAUAUGAGGGAACUUCAUAUAACAAAACGUUGUAUUGGGAGACGCGUGUUAAAGCAUCGUUUCAAACAAGAGUCCAGCUGUAGUCAGAAGGCUUAUCACUAAUGAU